UGACUGUGUCUGUGUGCUAUUUUGGCUCAAGGGAAAAAAAACCAAGAAGAUGCUUCAAGGCCAACUUAUAAUCUCGGCGGACACAAAGAAUGCGAAAAAAAAGACGAACAUUGCCUACGUCAAAGUGCACAAGUGCGGCUCAACUACAAUGACGAGUACUUUUCUACGAUUUGCCGAAAUUAAUCGAAUGGAAUUGCCAUUUUGUAAGAGUGGCUGGCCGUAUAUAAGCUAUCCGACAACGAGACAAGAGAUAUACACGCCUGAGUUCAGAUCAAAUGACCGGUCAAAGUAUAAUAUUCUGGCUGUGCAUACCAUGUACAAUUACACUCUAUGGAAUCGAGUAAUGAAACAUCCGUUCACAUUGGUUGGCGCCGCAAGAGAACCCUUCAAUCAGUUUGAGUCCUUCUUCACUUUCUAUAAAUUCCACGACUUCAUUUCGAGGAAAUACAAGAUGCCACAAUCAGAAACGCUCGACUUCUUUUUGAAUGAGUUCAAUGGAAGGCUGAAAGACGAAAAAUGGGAAUUCCACGGUAUGUCGACUCAAAGGAUUCGUAACACAAUGCUGCUCGAUUACGGCAUGCCCUUGCUGGAUCAUUCAAGGAACGAGUCAGGGGAUGUUUUAAAGUACAUAAACGAGCUGACUGCUAACGUCACUGUUUUUAUAAUCCAAGAUUACUUUGAUGAAAGCCUGGUGGUUUUGAAAAAUAUACUCUGCUGGAACUGGUCCGAUAUUGUAUAUGAUGCCUUUAUCCAUCAGAGAACUCCAAGUCCAUCGGGGAGUUUGAAAAGUACAAACAUGAGCCUAAUUGAAGAACGACGGCGACUUCACAAAAUUUUCUCACCCUAUGACUACAUAUUUUAUGGGAAGUCUUUUUCCAAGUUACAAUCACAAAUUGAGUCCAUAACAGACUUCGCUGAGCAGCUCCAAGAGUUUCGAGAUAUCAAAUCGAUAAUUGCAGGUUGGUGCGAAAGCAGUGAGAGAUCUCCAAGCGAUACGUUAAAGCUUCCUGUGAAAUACCAUGCUUCUCAGAUUACGACGAUUGAUGAUUUUGGUUGCAGCAGGUUAAAAAUAAAAACGUGGCAAGCCUACUCCGAUCAAUUGCUAAAAUCAACUACUGCCAAGGUAGAUUGGAUAUGAAAUAGGAAUCGAACAAACUUUUAUCUUUUUUAUUGAUGUAAAGUUC